AUGACUACAAUGCGAGGACGAAUGCGAAAGGAGAUUGCUAUGUUAGCAAGUGACCCGCCCUUUGGUGUCAGUGCGUGGCCCAAGGACGAGAAGAUCGACCACCUCGAAGCGCAAAUUAUGGGCCCAGACGGAUCGCCGUACGAGAAGGGCGUAUUCCAGUUGGAGAUUGACAUUCCGGAACGAUAUCCUUUCGAGCCGCCAAAAGUACGCUUUGUGACGCCAAUCUAUCAUCCGAACAUUGACGACGCCGGCCGAAUCUGUCUUGAUACGCUCAAAAUGCAGCCCACGGGUUCUUGGUUGCCGUCAGUCAACAUCAGUACGCUGCUAACGACGAUUCGCUUGCUGAUGGCGGAACCCAAUGCAGAUGACGGCUUGAUGCCGGAAAUUGCUGACAUAUUCAAGAACAACCGCAAAAUGUUCAACAAGAAAGCAACGGAGUUGACUGUGCUGCACGCUCGCACUAGACGAGUCCACCAACCAAAACCCUCACUCGAUGCAACUUCUUAUCCAUCUGAAGGUGGCAACUUGGUAGAUGAUGAAGUGGACCUUGCGACCCAGGAUACGCAGGUAGCAGACAUUUUGUUCCAGACCAGAGAGUCAGUAUCUUCAAUCGAUUCGCUUAGUGACGGCGCUUCAUCUAGUGAAGGAGAGGCUGACUUAUCGACAGCUGAUGAAGGCAUCGACGACAAGAAAGAAGACGCCAAACUGCCCACAAAACGAAGACGUCACGAGUAG